AUGCUGUGGAGUUUCGCCGCUGGAAGUCCACCACUCGCCUACAUCAUCACUCAGUGCCACCACGUCUCUGUUAAUGUGAAGCUCCGCCGUUGUCAGCUGCUGCUUCCUCUUGACCCCUCGUCGAACUCACCGGAGCAGCAAGAAAACGAAGCAGUCAAAGCUACCGUCGACCGCCAUUACAUCCCACCACCACUGCAGUCUGUCACCAUCGCCUUGCUGCCAUUGGUAAGUUUGUUCAAGUUUCUUUUGGGUUUAAAUUCGUCCCGCCAGAUACCUGCAUCUGGAUUCGUGGGCAGUGACAGGUGGUGGUGGGGACUGCCCACCACAGCAACGGCGGCGAGUAGUGGUUGCACAAUACAUUUGUUGCUUCUGUCUUCCCAAUACAAGGGUGAUCGAAGAGGGAAAAAUGAGCAAGGAUUGGGGUUUGUUUGGGGUUUCUCAAAUCAACAGAAAAGAAAAAGAGAUGGGGGGAGGCUGGAAUGGUUCUAUGGUGGGCGGAGAUGUAGCGGUUCACGGUGGAGUUUGGUGGUCGAAUGGAGGCUAGCAGGUGGUGCAGUGGCUAUCUCCAAAUUGUCGGAGGUAGCAGUCCCUUCUUGUUCGUUGAAAUCGGGAACGGAAGAAAGAAAUGGUCAAAUGGCAGGUGAGUUGGUGGUGAUUGACAAUGCUAAUAAUGCUUUGGUGGUGGUUGGUGGUGGUGAUUACUGA